AUGGUGACCACCAGGCCGUACACGGAUUUGGGGAUGACGGAAUCGGAGAACGUGGGAUUAGUAGGUCGCAGUGACAAGCACAUCGUUCUGAUCAACUCAAAUGAAGUUCCGUUUUACCAUUUGGUGCAUUAUUUCACACGGGAAACGAUGCACAACGAGCCACAAGUGCACGAUUUGAAUAUUGCCUACUUCCUGUACUACACGCACAUGUACUUUGCAUGGAUGCAAGUUGAACCUAACCUGUCAGUAGUGGCGGUUGAGCAAGGCUCGAACCACUCCGAAUUGUACGGCGCCAAUAUGGCUUUGCCUAUUCCCGCGUUGACAACCAUGUAUGCACCGGGGAAUAUCACAAAAGUGUUGGCUUUUGUACGCGAGUGCUAUGAACAUGUGCGGGAGGUGAAUCACUUAAACAAAACCGCUCAUGCGUUCGUCUCCACUCUACGCACUUCCGCCACAUUGGAAAUCAAUCAGAAACUGGUUGAAGAAACGACAAAACGAUUUCGCGAAAUGAGUGAACCAGGGGCAUAUCAUUUGCUCUGGGAGGAUCAGACAUUGAUGGUGAGUUUUUGA